UCUACGUAUGCGUACAUGAUCAGCUGUGAAUCUGACUUCUGUACAUCAUCUUAAAAUCAAAUCAAUGGAAAAAGCUGUAGCGGUUCACACUUUUAAUUGUACUACCAUGACUACAGCCAAGGCUUAGUUGAAAUCACCCGCGUCUUCAAACCAAGCAGGAUAAAGUGAGGUAAUUUUUACCACACAGUUUGCUUAGGAGGGUUGCUUCGAACGAUCAACGUCGUCGUGUCAGUAAGAAUCAAAGUAUACCUUGCAAGGAAGUACGUCAUCGAGUUGGACCAGACCAUGAGGUGUCAGAAUUGCUGCCACCUGGCGGCUGUGGGUGUCCUAGCGUUUAUGCUAUUGGACUACGUGCAGAGUGCUACCAAGGAUUACUACGCCAUCCUGGGAGUGGAUAGAAGUGCGUCCCAAGGAGAGAUCAAGAAAGCCUUCCGGAAGCUGGCCAUUCUCUACCAUCCAGACAAGAACAAGGAACCUGAUGCAGAGGAGAAGUUCAUGGAGAUAGCUAAAGCAUAUGAAGUCCUGUCAGAUGAAGACAAAAGGAAACAGUAUGACAGAUUAGGAGCAAAUGCCUAUGAGAACCAGGGAGCCAGGGGUGGUGGCGGCGGUGGCGGCGGCGGUGGAGGUGGUGGUAGACCGAACUUCAAUUUCAAAGAAUUCUACCGUGGUUUUGAUAGCAGCUUCCAUCAAAGGAAAAGUCGAGAGAGUCACAAAAGAGGUCACAAGCAGAAGUUUGGGAACUUUGACUUUGACUUUGACUCUUUCUGGAAUGACUUUGAUGACGAUAAAAUGUUUGCCAACAUGGGUGGUUUUGAUGGCUUUGGUGGCUUCAAGGAUCACGGUUUUGGUGGCUUCGACUCGGCCUUUGCAAAUGGACAUUUUGGAAAUGGGCAUUUUUCGCAAAAAACAUCAUUUCAAGCAAGGCAUGAUGCAAGACAUGAAGCAGGUAGCAGUGGUAGGAGUUGCAGGACGGUGACGCAAAGAGUGGGUAAUACGAUCACUACCUACACAGACUGCUCAUAAACCAUCGACCCGAAAAAUGGCUACCGUCAAGAGACGAAAAAGAACUUUCCCAAAUCAUAGGAUCAUUCACACUGCUCUCCUUGCUGAGAAUUUUGAAGAUGAACAACUAAUUAUCUUAUUCACUGACUCACCAAGACGUCGUAUUCAUCUUUCGUGGAGAGCACAAAAUGAUCUUGGCCCCGUCUUACAAAGAGUUGAUAUCAAUCACAACUCAUUUGCGAUUGAUAGCAACUAUGUACGUAAGAGAUAUGAGACCGCAAACUUGCGAUUGAUUUGGAUCAAGCGCAACUCUUCGCAAGACGGGGCCCAGGAAUAAAUACUUCGAGGAAUUCAAUGAAUCAUCAUGGCUAACCAAGGCUAAUUUACUCUAUGCAGAGAUUACAACCUAGUUUGUGGAGAUAGAGAUGGAGUUUUUUUUUUUAAGAGGUAUUUUCUUGGUUUCAAUCUAGCACAGAACAGGAAUGUGAUUUUACCAUAUGUUAUUACACUACACUAUCAUGUUCAUAGUCAUCCUCU